UUUUAUCGGAUACAAUUAAAAUUCGUUCGGAUGUCAAUAAUAGGAGUGUUUUAUCACGUGGGUGUAUUUCUGCCUUGUAAUCGAAGUUUUAAGUGAAUUUUAGUGGCUAAAGUAAGACUUAACCAUGUUGUUAGUAUUAGAUGAUCAACAUAAAGAACAUUUAAAAUUUUUAAAUAAUUUGGAUAGUGCAGUCAUGAGAGAAUUUUGUAAAUUAUCAAUAGAGUUUCUUCAGAAAGGAUCAAAUCCAAAAUUAUAUCAGACAGCAGCACAGAAAUUAAGAGUUGAUGCAGAAAUGGUGCAACAUGCCAUAGAAGGUAUUAUGUAUUUAAUUACAGAAGCAGUUAAGAUGGGUCUAAGUGAUUUGGAAUUAAAGGAUUCAAUGAUAUCAAUUGAUUUGCCAGAAAUCAUUCAAGAAGAAAUAAUGCAGUUUCAUUCUAGCAGGAGGAAUGAUGUGAGAAAGGAAUUAUCAGGAUUAAGCACUGCUUAUCCACAUUAUCAUAAUCUGAAGUGGAGAUUGGAUGUUCAGUUGGCCACGCGCUCUCUCAGACAUCAGACGACUCCAUUAAUUAUGUUGAAAUUAGAAUUAAUACAAGACGAGAAAGUUAAAUCAUUCCUUCUUCAGAUAGAUCCGGUUAAUUUGAUUCAUAUGACUGAAGUGUUGGAUCAAGCACUGAAAGAAUCGAAAUUACAACAUUGCAGAAGAAUCAUGAGACAUAUUAAAUGAAUUGUGGAAAUAUUUUUAAUAUUUGUUUGGGUUAAUUUAAUAUAUUUAAUUAAAAUAUAUUCCACAAUAUUAAAUAAUAUGUGUUGAUUAAGAACUAAAUUACUGCAUUUUUCAAUUCCAUUUUAAGUUUAAUUUACUGAGAAUCAAAUGAUGUUUAAAUUACUUGGUUUAAAACUAUGGCAUUCCUAUGAAACAUAACUAUACUGUAUAUGUUUUAAAAUUAUUUAACAUGUAAUAUCUGCAAAAGAUUAAAAGACAAGUAGAGUUUACAUAUCCUAUUUAUAACAUGCAUUUUUGAUCAAUUGUUUUGUAAUUAGGUAAUUUUGAAUUCUGGUUUGAUCUAUAAUGCAAAUGGAAUAUUUUGUAAUUAUUUUUUGUUUU